AUGGAACUUAUGAAAGAUUCUGAUUGUGAGAUUAAGUAUUAUCCCGGUAAAGCUAAUGUUGUUGCAGAUGCACUAAGUCGAAAGGUGCAGAUUUCUUCUAGCAAACUGAUGAGUAUGGUUGUCCAAGCUAAGUCAGGGUUACUUGACUGCAUCAAGGAAGCCCAGGAUAAGGCUCUUCUGAAAGAGAAUGUUGACAAAAUUGGUAUUGGUAAGAAGAAGAAGCGCCUUGUUAUGGAAAUGAACAACCGUGGAUUCCAGACCUUUAAAGAUUUGAAGCCUAUAUAUUGGUGGCCAAACAUCAAGGGAGAAGUUGCUCAUUUUGUUGAGAGGUGUUUGACUUGUGCACGUGCGAAAGCUGAUCACAAAAAGCCAUACGGUUUGUUACAGCAGUUGGAGAUUCCGGAAUGGAAAUGA